AUGAAUACUGAUGUAUCUCUUACUCGACUAUUGAACGAUAAUAUGCAUCAAAUAAAAACGAGAUUUGAUUAUUUGGUCGUUUAUUUUCAUCGGUGGUUAUUAGGAAAAGAUUUUUUUCCAAUUAAUAAGAACCAGGUAUGGAUUAUAUGUUUUUCAAAUAUACAAUCCGAUGGUUCAAUAUUACUUGAGUACCGAAAGGAUGAUAUCAAUGUAUCAUUUUUAUUGCUUAAUACAGGAAACGUACUUGAUAUAUCUGUUCAAGCAAGUGGUCAAGGAAGUGAAUAUCAAACUACAAUGCAAAGCAUUGUCAUUGAUCAAUAUGUUCAAGAAAAUAGUGGUAAUUUUAGUUAUAAAGAUAACGAAUUACCUGAUCUUCGAGAUCGUUUACGCAAAAAGUUUUAUAAUGUAACAUCAUUAAUCAAACAAAAAAUGAUACAUGCUUCAACUGAUACAAGUCGGCCAUCAUCAAUGCCAGUUACGACCGUUGAUGCUAAAGGAUAUUCAAAUUCUUGUGUUCCUAAACCAUCAACAUUGUCAUCUGCUAGUGAUUUUAUGGAAAAAGAUUAUUAUCGAAUUCUGGGUGUACAUCGAAGAGCAUCAAAUCGUGAUAUAAUAUCGGCUUAUCAGCAACUUGCUUCUGAAUUUCAUCUGAGUCGAAAUCCAACUGAUUUUAAUGAUCUUGGAGAAGCGUAUGAUGUAUUAAUUGAUAGUAACAAACGCGGUAUUUAUGAUAGAUAUGGUAUUCAAGGUUUAAAAACUGGUGUACUAAUAGGACCAAACAAUGAAUUGACUGAACGUUAUGUAUUUCAUGGUGAUGAUUUAUAUGCAAGUGCAUAUGCACGUGCUGCUGAACCAGCUGCUCAUGAUCUAAAAAGAAAACAUGGUGCACCAUUAUACCGUGAUCUUGAAGUUUCACUUGAAAAUUGUUAUUAUGGUGGAACGUUUGAUGUUACAAUUACACGACGAGUAAUGCUUGUUGAUGGUACAUCAACUACUCCUCAAAAAGUUGUUCCAAUAACCAUUGAGCGUGGCUGUCUACCAGUUAUAAGAGAUCUAGAACAUCCACGUUUUCGUCGUGAAAAUGUUGAUCUUAUUUAUAAAGCUACAAUAAGUUUAGAAGAAGAAUUAACAGGUACAAAAUUAUAUAUUCAACAUCUUGAUGGAAGACAACUUGAAGUGCCCAUCAAUGAAAUUGUUGCAUCGGGAUUGAAACAACGCAUACCUAAUGAAGGUAUGCCAUCAACAUCAAAUCCCGGUGCAUAUGGAGAUUUGAUUAUUGGAUUUUCAUUUUAA